CCCUACUUACCUCCAAACUGAUCUGCUCAGACGUGCACUCGCCACACCCGACAGCUGCGUCUCCUUCUCUCCAUCUCCCCUGUCAAGGCCCUUGAACGGUCCUCAGGCUGACUCCGGGACCUCCACGUGAGCGCUGAGACAAUCUGGAGGAGGGCUUGCACCGGCAAAGAUGGGGAACAGCACAAGCAGAGCCUUGUCCAAAGAAAUCCUGGAGGACUUGAAGCUGAGCACCAAGUUCACGGAGAGCGAGAUCGGCCUGUGGUACGAGAACUUCCAGAAGCAGUGCCCCAGCGGACGCAUCACGCCCGAGGAGUUCGAGCAGAUCUACGCCCGCUUCUUCCCCGACAGCGACGCCAAGAGCUACGCCCGCCACGUCUUCCGCUCCUUCGACACCAACGAUGACGGCACGCUGGACUUCAAGGAGUACAUCAUCGCCCUUCACUUGACCUCCACCGGCAAGACCACCAGCAAGCUGGAGUGGGCCUUCUCGCUCUUCGACGUGGACAAGAACGGAUACAUCAACAAGACCGAAGUGACGGAAAUCUGCCAGGCCAUCUUCAAGCUGAUCCCCAAGGAGGACCAGAGCAAAUUAGCUGAGGAUGAAAACACUCCUGAGAAGAGAGCCGAUAAACUCUGGGCCUUCUUUGAGAAGAAAGACAACGAAAGACUCGCUGAAGGAGAAUUCAUCAAAGGAGUUAUUGAGAAUGAAAAUGCAAUGCGACUCAUCCACUAUGGACCACUCAAACAAUAAUCAUCCACUAUGGACCACUCAAACAAUAAUCAUCCACUAUGGACCACUCAAACAAUAAUCAUCCACUAUGGACCACUCAAACAAUAAUCAUCCACUAUGGACCACUCAAACAAUAAUCAUCCACUAUGGACCACUCAAACAAUAAUCAUCCACUAUGGACCACUCAAACAAUAAUCAUCACUUACUUUUACACUUGCAUCAACAUUUUCUGUUUUCUUAAGAGUAUUAAAUAGUUUAUAUUUUCUAUAAAAAUCCAUUUUAAAGUUGUUUGGUAUGAAAGAUAAUAUUUAAGGAAUAGAAAUAUAUUUAAAUUAAUGCUGUCAAACAAUAAUUAUUUUUUAAUUCAGACGAAUUGCAAUUAAUCAAAAUGUAAACGUGUGAUUAAUCACGGCAAACGGCUAAUUAUAAUUUAAUUAUUCAAAUGAACUUCAAAUAAGAACCCAAUAUUUUGACACAAUACAUGAUGAUAUUCCCUGAUUAAUCCGUGAAUAUACAUGAUUAAAUCAAUGUUUUGUGAUUAAUCUGUGAAUAUACAUGAUUAAAUCAAUGUUUUGUGAUUAAU